AUGGGUCUCCAGGGGAGGUUCUGCUUCCCCCUGGGGCUCCUGUUGGGCUCUGUGCUCUUGGCGGCCUCAGCCCCAGCCACUCUCGAGUCUUCUGGAUGCAGCGAGAAGGAGCAACAGGUCACUGUCAGCCACACCUACAAGAUCGACGUGCCCAAGUCCACCUUGGUCCAGGUGGAGGCUGACCCCCAGCCCCUUCGUGGUGAUGGGACCUCGCUCCUGGCCCCAGAGGAGAUCGAGGAACAGAAUAUUGUCUUCAGGCACAACAUUCGCCUGCAGACGCCACAGAAGGACUGUGAGCUGGCAGGCAGCGUGCAGGACCUCCUGGCCCGGGUGAAGAAGUUGGAGGAGGAGAUGGCGGAGGUCAAGGAGCGGUGCAGCGCCCAGCGCUGCUGCCUGGGAGCAGCUGGUCUGAGCCGCCACUGCAGUGGCCACGGGAUCUUCUCCCUGGACACAUGCAGCUGCCACUGCGAGCAUGGCUGGGAGGGCGCCGACUGCGAGCGGCUCGCCUGCCCCGGCGCCUGCAGCGGCCACGGGCGCUGCGUGGACGGCAGCUGCGUGUGCGAGCCGCCCUACGUGGGCGCCGACUGCGCCUACCCCGCCUGCCCCGAGAACUGCAGCGGGCACGGCACAUGCGUGCACGGCGUCUGCCAGUGCCACGAGGACUUCAUGUCGGAGGACUGCAGCGAGCGGCGCUGCCCCGGCGACUGCAGCGGCCACGGCUUCUGCGACACGGGCGAGUGUUACUGCGAGGAGGGCUUCACCGGCCUCGACUGUGCCCAAGUGGUUGCCCCCCAGGGACUGCAGCUGCUCAAGAGCACAGAGGAUUCCCUGCUGGUCAGCUGGGAGCCCACCAGCCGGGUGGACCACUACCUCCUCAGCUACUACCCACUGGGGAAGGAGCUCUCCGUGAAGCAGGUCAGAGUGCCCAAGGAGCAGCACAGCUACGAGAUCCUUGGUUUGCUGCCUGGAACCAAGUACAUCGUGACCCUGCGCAACGUGAAGAAAGAGAUUUCCAGUAGUCCACAGCAUCUACUGGCCACCACAGAUCUUGCUGUGCCUGGCACUGCCUGGGUGACGGAUGAGACGGAGAACUCCCUUGACGUGGAAUGGGAGAACCCCCCGACUGAGGUGGACUACUACAGGUUGCAGUAUGGCCCCCUGACAGGGCACGAGGUGGCCGAGGUCACCGUGCCCAAGAGUGGUGACCCCAAGAGCCAAUACGACAUCACAGGUCUGCAGCCGGGGACGGAAUAUAAGAUCACAGUCAUCCCCAUGAGGGGAGACCUCGAGGGCAAGCCCAUUCUUCUGAACGGCAGGACAGAAAUCGAUAGUCCAACCAACGUGGUCACUGGCCGAGUGACAGAAGACACAGUGGCGGUCUCCUGGGACCCAGUCCGGGCGGUCAUUGAUAAGUACAUGGUGCGCUACAUCUCCGCUGACGGGGAGAUGAAGGACACGGCGGUGCCCGGGGAGCAGAACAGCACUGUCCUGACAGGUCUGAAGCCGGGGGAGGCCUAUGAAGUCUACGUGUGGGCUGAGAGGGGCAGCCAGGAGAGCAAGAAGGCAGACACCAUGGCCCUCACAGAAAUUGACAGCCCCCAAAACCUGGUGACGGAGCAGGUGACGGAGAACACGGCCACCGUCUCCUGGGACCCGGUGCAGGCCGUCAUCGACAGGUACCUGGUGCGCUACACCUCUGCUGAUGGAGACACCGGGGAGAUUCCGGUGGGGAAGGAGCAGAGCAGCACCAUCCUGACGGGCCUGAGGCCAGGCGUGGAGUACACGGUCCAUGUGUGGGCCCAGAAGGGGGACCGGGAGAGCAGGAAGGCCGACACCAAGGCCCCUACAGACAUUGACAGCCCCCAAAACCUGGUGACCAAGCAGGUGACAGACAACACGGCCACCGUCUCCUGGGACCCGGUACAGGCCGUCAUCGACAGGUACCUGGUGCGCUACACCUCUGCUGACGGAGACAGCAGGGAGGUUCCGGUGGGGAAGGAGCAGAACAGCACCGUCCUGACGGGCCUGAGGCCAGGCGUGGAGUACACGGUCCAUGUGUGGGCCCAGAAGGGGGACCAGGAGAGCAGGAAGGCUGACACCAAGGCCCCGACAGACAUCGACAGCCCCCAAAACCUGGUGACCGAGCAGGUGACGGAGAACACGGCCACCAUCUCCUGGGACCCGGUGCAGGCCGUCAUCGACAGGUACCUGGUGCGCUACACCUCUGCUGACGGAGACAGCAGGGAGGUUCCGGUGGGAAAGGAGCAGAGCAGCACCGUCCUGACGGGCCUGAGGCCAGGCGUGGAGUACACGGUCCAUGUGUGGGCCCAGAAGGGGGACCGGGAGAGCAGGAAGGCCGACACCAAGGCCCCGACAGACAUUGACAGCCCCAAAAACCUGGUGACCAAGCAGGUGACAGAGAACACGGCCACCGUCUCCUGGGACCCGGUGCAGGCUGUCAUUGACAGGUACCUGGUGCACUACACCUCUGCUGAUGGAGACACCAGCGAGGUUCCAGUGGGGAAGGAGCAGAGCAGCACCGUCCUGACGGGCCUGAGGCCAGGCGUGGAGUACACGGUCCACGUGUGGGCCCAGAAGGGGGACCGGGAGAGCAGGAAGGCCGACACCAAGGCCCCGACAGAAAUUGACAGCCCCAAAAACCUGGUGACGGAGCAGGUGACGGAGAACACGGCCACCAUCUCCUGGGACCCGGUGCAGGCCGUCAUCGACAGGUACCUGGUGCGCUACACCUCUGCUGACGGAGACACCGGGGAGGUUCCGGUGGGGAAGGAGCAGAGCAGCACCGUCCUGACGGGCCUGAGGCCAGGCGUGGAGUACACGGUCCACGUGUGGGCCCAGAAGGGGGACCGGGAGAGCAGGAAGGCCGACACCAAGGCCCCGACAGACAUUGACCCUCCCCAAAACUUUCGUCCUUCUGCUGUAACCCAGUCUGGUGGGGUAUUGACCUGGACACCCCCCUCUGCCAACAUCGAUGGCUAUAUUCUGACCUACCAGUUCCCAGACGGCACCAUCAAGGAGGUGCAGCUUGGAAGAGGGGACCAGAGGUUUGAGUUGCAAGGCCUUGAGCAGGGUGUCAGCCUCCCUAUCUCCUUAGUUGCCUUUAAGGGUGAUCGCCGGAGCAGGAGUGUAUCUACCAACCUUUCCACAGUUGGUGCGCGUUUCCCACACCCUUCGGACUGCAGUCAAGUUCAGCAGAACAGUAACGUCGCCAGUGGCCUCUACACCAUCUACCUGCGCGGGGAUGCCAGCCGGCCUCUGAGGGUGUACUGCGACAUGGACACAGAUGGAGGCGGCUGGACUGUCUUCCAGAGGCGGAACACUGGGCAACUGGAUUUCUUCAAGCGCUGGCGGACCUACGUGGAAGGCUUCGGGGACCCCAUGAAGGAGUUCUGGCUUGGACUUGACAAGCUACACAACCUCACCAUGGGCACGCCCACCCGCUAUGAGGUAAGAGUGGACUUACAGACUGCCAACGAAUCUGCCUAUGCCGUGUACGACUCCUUCCAGGUGGCCUCCAGCAAGGAGCGGUACAGGCUCACAGUCGGGAAAUACAGAGGCACGGCAGGGGACGCGCUCAGUUACCACAACGGAUGGAAGUUUACAACCUUUGACCGAGACAACGACAUCGCCCUCAGCAACUGUGCCCUGACGCAUCACGGCGGCUGGUGGUAUAAGAACUGCCACUUGGCCAACCCCAAUGGCAGAUACGGGGAGACCAAGCAUAGUGAGGGGGUGAACUGGGAGCCAUGGAAGGGACAUGAAUUCUCCAUUCCCUUUGUGGAGUUGAAGAUCCGACCUCAUGGCUACAGCGGGGAGCAUGUUCUGGGCAGAAAGAAGCGAAUGCUGGGAGAAAAUUCGAGAACGUUCUGA